AUGGCGGCGACCGCGACCGCGUCGCUGGCGCGGGGAACCUUCCCCGCCGCGCGACAUCCCCGCCGUGUCUAUCCCCGCGGCGUCGCGGCCCUCGCCGCGCGCUUCCAGGAGUCCAGGCGCGUCGCCGCCGCCGUCCGCGCCGCGAGGGAUUCCCAACCGGUGGACGACGACGACGACGAGUCGGCGCGUCGCGCGGAGAUGACCUACGCCGACCUUCCGUCCGUCCCCGGCGGCUCCGUCCUCGACUGCUCCCGCGCGUACACCGUGGACAUCCCGCGCGCCAUCGUCGCCGACGCCCUGCCAAACCGGGGCGUCCUCCAGUACGUCCGAUUACCCGCGGAGGAGUACAACGUGCUCGAUUCGUCCGCGGUGACGCGCAUCGACGUCGGGACGUUUCGGGUAAACGCGGGAGCUCAGAAGAUCUUGAUGUGGGAGAUCGAACCGGUUGGGACGCUGCGGAUCGUGCCCACGGACGACGGAUGCGAGCAGAUUUUGCUGGGCGCGGUCAUGAACGACGUCAAGGCGCGGCGGACGGGCAAGGAGAGCGUGGUGAUCAAAGCCAUGAACGCGUCACUGAAAGACCUGACGAUGCGCAACGCGGUGAGUGCCGUUAAGUCCGGGAGCGAGGGAGGGACCGCGAUCCGGUGCCAGAUCGACGUCGCGGGCACGUUCACGGAGGGUCCGUUCGCGGCGGCGGGCAGCCAGAGGUUGUGCGCCAUGUUGGACUGGUGCCUGCGAUCGGUGCUGCCGUGGUUCCUCGAGCAACUCGCGGCGGAUUACGCCGAUUGGGCUUCGGGCAAAACUCGGGGCAAACGAGCGGUGAACGUGACGCAGGUGGCGGGGGAGAUACUGGCCGGGGGUAAGGGGAAACUGCCUCCGGGCGUGGCGGAGUCGGCGGUGGAGCGGCGGUGA